AACCUGAACUUCACCGGUUUCAGGAAGAUCUUGAAGAAGCAUGAUAAGAUUUUGGAGACAUCGAGGGGGGCGGACUGGAGGGUGGCUCAUGUUGAAGUGGCCCCGUUCUACACAUGCAAGAAAAUCACACAGCUCAUCUCUGAGACAGAGGCACUGGUCACAACAGAGCUGGAGGGUGGAGACAGACAGAGGGCCAUGAAAAGACUGAGGGUACCCCCUCUGGGAGCUGCACAGCCGGCUCCUGCCUGGACCACCUUCAGAGUCGGGCUUUACUGUGGAGUGUUUCUUGUCCUGGUAGUCACUGUCGUUAUAACAGGAGCUGUGGUGAUCAGGAGCGCUGACGUAUGGCCUAUGGUCAGGAUCUACAGAGGAGGCUUCCUGUUGAUCGAGUUUCUCUUCCUUCUAGGCAUUAACACGUACGGCUGGAGACAGGCCGGAGUCAACCACGUACUCAUAUUUGAGCUCAACCCCAGAAACAACCUGUCCCACCAGCAUCUGUUUGAGAUUGCAGGUCUGUUGGGGGUGCUCUGGUGCGUCAGCCUGCUGUCUUGUCUGUUCAGUGACAGCAUCCUGAUACCAAUGCAGGCCAACCCUCUCGCUCUCUACGGCCUCUUCUUCCUCUUCUUCAUCAACCCCUUCAAGACCUUCUACUACAAGUCCCGCUUCUGGCUGCUCAAACUCUUGUUUCGAGUGGUGACUGCUCCGUUUCACCGCGUGGGCUUCGCAGACUUCUGGCUCGCUGACCAGCUGAACUCUCUGGUUGUGGUUCUGAUGGAUCUGGAGUACAUGAUCUGUUUCUACAGUUUUGAACUGGACUGGAAGAAACGUGACGGGCUCAUCAGCAGUGCAGGUAAAGAUGUGUGCAACACGUACUCCUACGGUGUGCGCGCAGUGAUCCAGUGUCUUCCUGCUUGGUUCCGAUUCGUCCAGUGUCUGCGGCGUUACCGUGACACCAAACGGGCCUUCCCUCACCUGGUCAACGCUGGGAAAUACUCCACGUCUUUCUUUGCGGUCACCUUCGCUGCUCUGUACAGCACACACAAAGCAGAGUCUGAAGCUGACGCUCAGAUCUUCUUCUACCUGUACAUCAGCUGUUCAGUGGUCAGCUCAUGUUACACCCUGGUCUGGGACUUAAAGAUGGACUGGGGCCUCUUUGACCGCAACGCAGGAGAGAACACUUUUCUGAGAGAGGAGAUAGUCUACCCACAUAAGGCCUACUACUACUGCGCCAUCGUGGAGGAUGUGCUGUUACGCUUUUCAUGGACUGUGACUCUCACCCUCAGCACAAUCUCUGGGUUUCAUGGCAUCUCUGACAUUCUGGCGACUGUACUGGCUCCAAUGGAGGUCUUUAGACGCUUUGUGUGGAACUUCUUCCGACUGGAGAACGAACACUUGAAUAACUGUGGUGAGUUCAGGGCCGUCAGAGACAUCAGCGUCGCUCCGCUCAACGCCGACGACCAGACCCUGCUGGAGCAGAUGAUGGACCAGGAGGACGGAGUCCGAAACCGGCAGGGCAAGAAGAGCUGGAAGAGGAGCUACAGCAUGAGCCUACGCAGGCCGCGACUGGCCUCACAGUCCAAGACUCGUGACACCAAGGUCUUGAUAGACGACACAGACGACGACUCCUGACAUCAGGCCACGCCCCUCGCCUGGGUACAGAAUCUAUUCAAAGGAGGAAACUCGACCUCCUAACCAACAAAUCACCCGGCGAGUUGGGCGUUGAACUCUGAAAACCUUUCCGAGUUUUAAGCUCUCAUGACUCUUUCAUCCCUCCUCCGAUGCACGAGCCUCUUCUCGGGCUCUGAACUCUUGCACAGGAAGAGUGUUGACUCCUUGAACAAACAUGGCCACCCAAACUCCCGCCCCUUCCUCCGCUGUAGUCAGGAGAGGGCUGCUCAUCAUCACUUGAACUCAACCUCUUCCCCAAGCUGUGGGGGGAAAAACUUGAUUCCUUGUUGUCUGUGGUCGGUCACAGGCAGACUCCACCAACCCACCCACUCCUCAGUCAUUCCCACGGCGCUCCUCAAAGCCUCCGCCUCGCAUGAAAAGUCCCACUGACAUGGAACGCAUGCACUCCGGCAGGAAGUGUCCCCCCCGCUCCCUCUCGGCUUCAAUCGACCAACAAGUUCAGACCCACUGGGUGUUUGAGGACCAAAACUUUUAUUCCCCCGCCUGUAGCUGUAGCUUUGAGACUCCGCCCACACUCGCAGCUUCCAGGUAACCCUUAGAGAAACGUCUUAAAACAAGUUCACCACAAAGUAUCCUCUCAUCCGGACCUCAGGAGGACCUCACAUCCUCCUCCAUGUGUUUCAGUGACUCAAUAAGCCUUGUGACCUCCCCUUCCCGCCCCCCCUGACCCUGACCUCUGGCGCUUACAGACUAUACUGCAGACAUUGUGUGAUGCCGAUCAUCACCGGCCUGACUCUCUCGCUCUUUAAGCUUGCCCCCCCCUCCUCCUUCAAAUCAUCACAAAGCUGCCUACCUGCACCUCGCACGCUUUACAAACACACGAGCAGAAACACGCACUUUGUCGAAAGUCAAUCAGAGCGGUAAACGCCUCUUUGUGUGUGGAAACGCACACAGACAGUGAUUUUAUGUUUCGUGGGAUUGGAUGUGCAAACACGUGACCAUAAACCUCUAUCCAGAAGCAGAGCGCUGCUGACAUACGUACACGUAACUCGCCAUUAUUUGUAGUUGUGGUUUGUAAAUAUGGAAAAGACCAAAGUCGGUGGGGAACAUUGAUUAAGUGUGUGAUACUCUAAAAGGAAGUGAAGGCUGCGUUGGAACAGCAGCUGGAAUGACUGUUCAGCCGCAGAGCUGAGAGGAUUUGCAACGUUUACUUUGUUCCAGAACAAAAAUGAAGAUUAUUAUUCAUCCUGUGGUAACUCCCGAGUCACUCCGUUUGGUAACUAAAUAUCCUCCAGAUGUCUGGACAUGCUUUUGCUGAAUGUAUACUAAUUUAUUUAUGUAUGUAUGGCUGGGAGAAGAGGCCCAAAAGAAGCACCUUUAACCCGUUUUUAAAAGGUCAGAGUUUUUGAACGUUGAGAAUAAGUGGGAUGUUGUUUUUGUCCUUCCUCUGGGUUUGAUUCAGUCGUGUAUGUUUGGUUACUGGUUUCUUUGAAUGUGACGGAGAGAAGAGAGAGGGGGGGGGGACUCCCAGGUCUUCAUCAGACUCGGCAGAGACCGGACAGGUAGGUCUGAUAACACUGGAGAAAUGUUUGAAGAAGAGGAAGGAUCUGUUUCUGUGUUUUUUUCUUUUUCCCACAUUCCUGAAGAGGUUGAGAAACUUCUGACAUCUGCUGAUGUUUGGAUCUGUAAUGUGUAGCUGGUUCACUUUACCGUCUGUGUUUUUUUAACGACCUGAUUGACCUUCCUCUUUAAUCCGACCGACCUCUCUGCUCUCAAUCAGUUCCUCCGUGUCACUCGCGAAAAGGUUUUGGGUUGAACGUGUAAAUCUUCGAGCAGGCGCCCCCCUUGGACCGAACUCAGCUGUUACUCUUCGGUGUGUAGUAGGAUUUGUGCACUUUAAUGCCAAACACCAUGUUUCAUUUUCUACCUUUUUGCUUUGUCAUUGUGACAAAAUGGUAAAUCCCCCCGCCUGGCGACUCUGACGAUUGGAGUCGUCGGGGGGGUUCCAGUAGGUGUUAGUCUUUCAUAGUGUCAUAGUCAUUUUUUUUAUUUGACCUCACUGAAAAAUAAAUGGAAGAACAACUUUUUGAGGACUCACAAAGUGAAUGUGCGAUGUUUUUGUAUCCUUGGGUUUAUAGAGAGCUUUAUUGAACGUAUAAGUAGAAAGAAGAAGCUUUAUUUCUUCAUCUUGAGUCCUGAACGGAUCAAAUCCUCCUUUUUAAAUAAGAUUGAAAUGUAAACAUAUUUUAUGUAAGGGAUAAUGUUUCAUCUUGUCCAACCUGAAGGGGUUCUAUGUCCCAUAACUACCUGCUAACUGUACAUUACCCGCUUAUUACCCAGCUACUAACUUCAAACACAAACACGUUGAUUAAAGAUGAAUUUAUUGAUUUGAAGUGAUUUAUGGAAACAGUUUUUCAAAGUAGUCCCCAUACCCCUUUUCGACUGAGGCAGUUUCAGAACCGGUUCGGAGCCGGCGCUCAAUUGAGAACCGUUUUUUCGUGUUUCCACUGCGAGUGAACUGGCUCGCAACCAGCUCCAGAGCGGCUCCAACUCUUUGCUGGUCUAGAACAAGCGGCAACCUCCGGUCUCAAACGAUGAAGCCCAUGCGGAGGUGUUAUAAACUGCAGUUCAUUUAGAAUCCACUUGAGGCUGGCUGCAGAAACACCGGAAACCACAUAGACAUGAACGGGAAAAAGACGAUCUUUGAAGCAUUAAUAAACAUGUUUACAGCCUGGUUCAAAAAACGGCUUGGCUCUACGAAGCUAAUCUCUCUAUCGGCACACACUGUACGGGGUGAAUUUAUUUCUAAUGCGCCGGUUCAGAAGAUCUUAAAGGUGACAUAUCAUGCAAAAUUGACUUUUUAAUGGUUCUUUACCUGAAAUAUGUUUCCCUGGCAUGUCUACACCCCGAGAAUGAAAAAAAUCCAUUCUGCCCCUGUUCUGAUUUCUCCACCUUUCUGUAAAUGUGUGUGAAACGAGCCGUUUCAGACUUCAGUGUUUUUGUUACGUAACAACAAUAUCCGGUCUGUCACGGAGUCAGAGCUCGGAGCUUGUUCAGCCCAUAGACUGUAUAAAAUACAACUCAACCCCUCCUCCGUUUUUCAUUCCCUGCACACAUGUGUGCUAACAAGGAGCUUAGGAGGGAGGCAUGCUAGUUGUAGGCUGCCUUAAUAAACACAAAGGUCGGUUUUACUCCCCACGUCUGCAGAUUUGAAGAUCUAGUGGAUGAUUUUUAUUUAUCAUGGAUAAGUGCUAGCGCUAGUUAGCAUAGCCACAUAGCUACAUGUUCGUAGCUGUGUACCAAGACACACGUCUACAUACUGAUAAAUAAAACAACAAGAAACACUAAAUCUGUGACCAAUCCUUCAGAAAGGUCCUGCUACAGGCGCCUCUCCGUCAGGAUCAGAUUCAGAGGGUUGAAGUAACGCGAUCUCUGAGCAGCCGUGUAUAUUCAGCCAACAUGUAAACAUUAGAUCAACGUGCUGGACAGCCGAGGCACAUCCACUUCCUGAUGGGGCGUGGUCAGAGGGAAAACAGAGUGUUCUGAUGAGGACUGAAGAAGAGGGUUUUUCAGGCAGACCAAAAUCUGAUUUCAAAGUGUUUUUUUGAGCAUAAACUUUAAAGACAUGUUUUGGGGACCUCUUAGACCAAUAUAUAUUGAUGAAAAAAGCGUGAUAUGUCCCCUUUAAGAUUACGAGUUUUUGGCCAAAUAAGGACAUGACUGACUUGACACCCGGUCGGGAACACAUAGCUGUUGGCUAGGAGCCUCAAACUCCACCCCUUUACGUCACACUCUGCCUGGUUUAGUUCCGCAUUUCCAAUAUGGCUGCCGCCGUCGAUUGGCUUCAAAACAGCACUUCAGAAACAGAUUUCUGACAUCACGGAUACUACGUCCAUAUUUUAUACAGUCUAUGGCGCCGCGUUGGUUCGCAAGUUCAACCAGCGCGAGCACCAGCCCAGAAAAUACACCCCGGUUCGCAUUGGUCGAAAAGAGGUAUUACUGUGAUUCCUCGUCAGUGAUCGUUCCAUGGUGAUGGAUUCUUCUCUGCCUGUUGCGGUGGAUUGAACAUGAAGCUGUCUCUGGUGUUGCUUAUGUUAGUGAAAGUUAAUAACCAUCGUCAAGGGGUUUGGACCAAUCAGAAUCAAGCAUCUCACACAGCCGGACCAUCAGUAAGAGAGCCGGGUGAUAAUUAUACUGACAUUCCCAGAUCUUCAGUUCUCCUCUUUAGCGUUGAAGCGAGCGCAGACGCAGACGUACGUUACAUUUGAAAUGUUAUAUAACGAUGUAGCUCAUUCCUCAAUAUGUGAUGUGUGUGUGUUUCAGAGCGGGUACAUGGGGCGGGGGUUUUUAAAGUGUUCCUGAGGGUGAAGAGGAUCCUGGGAGGUCGUGUCCCGCUCAGAAACAUCACAUCCUCAUUUGUUACUUACAGACCUGUUCCAGAAACGUCUCAGAGAGGUCGUCUGUGCAGGUCACAGACAUCUGAAGAGUCGCAGCGUGUUACUGUCUUUGUACUCCUCCAUCUUUAAAGAGUGGUGUCACCAUGUUUCUUUGCACCUUUGGUAUCUUAAUGAUGUGCUGCUGCUCUCUUUAAAAAGCCUGUCUUGUGUCCUGUAGCUGCUUCAGCUUCUUCUUCUUCUUCUUCUGUGUUGUUGACAGCGUUGCCAGAAGCUCCAGGGUUUAGAAUGAAGAGGAUGUCUUUAACUUGUUUCUACAUUUUUACAUGUUUCCCCCCCGAAAGAGGGGAGCAAACUGGGGAUGAUGUUUUGACAUUGUUUGGCCAAUUUUAGAUAAAUGUAAAUGUGAGAACAGCUGGGACACAGAAGCUCACCAAGGGUUUGAUCGAGUGCAAAAUUCAUCAUGUGUAAAAAUCUACAAUAAAAACUAUGAAUCUAA